CUAUUGUGUAGGUUUAUUGGUUUCUUUUACUCAUUACAAAAGUCUUAGUGGAUUAUGACAAUCCUCUAUGAAUUAAGUAGAUAGACAGAGAAAGAGCUGUUGCUCUGUGACAAGCUGGGGCUGUGGCACAGAUUUCACUAUCACUUCAACAAGUGUCUGAAACAGUUUCUGUUGCUGAAUUUUUAAGGCUGUUGCCAUAGGAAUUGUCUUCAGACUGGUGAAUUAUUUCAGUACUUGCCUUCCCCAUGGGAUCCUUAACUGGAAAUGCUGGCAGAUAGUCUUUCCCAAUUCAUGAAGUGUUACAGAGAGUCAGCCUGUGACUUGCAAAGAAAAUUUGAGUUUCUGUGCAGCUCUUUUAUUGUGUAGAAAGGUGUUUCUCUUGAGUUUUGCCUUCCCUCACUUUCUUUGUCUGUGACUACUUGGCCACAGUGACAUUGGCCCCACUUCAGAGAGAGAAUGUAAGCAGGCUUUGAAACAGAUGAGUGAGAGUUUGUAAUGCUGCUUAUUGAUGACUUUUAAUGAAAUGCAAGACUGAACCAAGAAAGGAGAGGACAAAAUGUCCCUUGUCAUCUAAGGCUUACCUGGACCUCAGCUCCUUUUGGCUGGUUCACCUUUUGGAGGACUUCCCUGGUCUUUGAGGAGCUGAGGAAAUCAUGCUUCCUUUACUCCUUGUUUCUUAUUAAAUAUUCUCUCACUUGUUGCUGAUUAAGGAUUUCAGGAGAGGUAGGUUGUUCCAGUGGAAAAUUUUCCUCCUUGAUAGCCCUGGCAGCUCCACAGCAGCAGUUGUGGUGCGAGUGCUGAGCUGUGUGAGCUGGCUUGGCUCCAAAUGGCUUCAAUAGGAACCCUUAUUGGGAUAAUUGUGCCACUCCAAAAGGCAUUUGAAACACAUGAUCUGCACCUUUCCUGCAGACAUGGGAUGGGCUUUGGCAGCCUUCAAUGGAGCUUGCCAGAAAUUUUCUUGCUGAGGUGGCAGGAGAAAAUGUUGACUCUGCAAAAAGAGCUCUUGGAGGGGGAGGAAGGGAAGGAAAAGGAGCCAUUUCCCAGUUUUGUCUAAGUACUGUCAACCUUUCUGUGUAAACUUACUGGAGAGAAGGCUUUACAAUGGUAGCAUCCUUCUUUCUGACUUUUUUUGGGCGUUGUGUGGCUGGAGUGGUUUUCCUCUUGCUGGAAAGGUCUUUCUGAGCCUCAAAAUAGAGGCAUGGCUGGAGUGGCAAAGAACAGGAGGACUCCGAAGGACAGACACUGAGAGCUCCUAGAACCAGGAUGGAUUUUAUCUCCUGGUAGCUGCUGCAUUGUUUGCUGUGAUCUGCUGUUUACAUUGCUCAAAACAUGCCAUGGAACAGGAAAACUGUGGUUUGCUGCUGUGGCAUGAACCAAAACAGCCUCUGGAGUCAUCGUGUGUGUGUAAGGUGGGGAGUGGAGAAGGUGACGUGAUAAAUUGCUGGAAAAAACACCGUGUGUGGGAAUGAGAAGGACAUGACACGACAGUGACGGAGAGGGACUAAGGAGUGGUGUGGGAGUGUUUUCCAGGAGUGUUUCUCCAGGAUUGCUGCCUCCCGGGGAGGGGUGAGAUGGGUCACACAAUGAACUUUCAAGCAACAGCCUACAACUGGUUUUUUUUUCCCCACUGGUCAUGCAUCUUCCUUGAAAACUUUUCCACUCCAUCAGUUGGUGAGAGUGUUAAGAGGAAGGAGGAACUACUGGAAAUUUUUUUUUUAGCUUUGCAGCAUUGGAGACUGAUUUAUUUUAUUUAUUUUUUUUCCUUCAGGUUUGUAGUCCAGUUAUUAAAGUUUCUGGCAGAAUUUAGCUUUUUAAACUACUGAAUUUAUAUCCUCCUGUGUAUGGGAAAAGCCUGAAAAAAGUUAAACCCCUAAUUUCCUCUUUAUUAAAAAAAAAAAGUUUUAGUAAGGUGCAGAGGGAUUUUAUCCACAAUUCCCUUACAGAAUAGAAAACUUAAUUUUUUUCAAACAACCUCUCUUUAAAUGGAUUUUCAUUUGCUAGGAUGUAAACUCUUUUCUUUGAGCAUUUCGCAUUCCUCCCGUUUGCUGGGUUUUUCUCUGGCUGGGUGAAUGAUGCAAGAACACGCCCCCAUGGUGUUAUUUUUGUGAAGUGCUGCUGCAAGGGUGUUUUCGGUGUUUCCUGUAGGAGCCAAGCACAUUUUCUUCUGGAGAGAAAACCCUUCCCCAGGGAUUCCCGAUGGGAGGGAUGUGUUGGCUGGGAGCGCCACCACUGGGCUGGCAACUGUUGCUCCUUCUCUGCCUUUUAGACCCACUUUCUGAAUUUUCCCUCUCUGCUUUGAACUUUGGGUGGAUUUGGCUUUACUUAUUUGUAAAUAUUACAUGGACUUCUGGAGCUGCAGGAGAGUGAACAGAGCAGGUGAAGGUGUAAAUGACCAAAAGCAGUUGUGAAUGAAAAUAGCAGAAGUAUUCUCUAUGGGUUUUACCAAACCCUCAGUGACAGCUUUUUACCACAUUUUAGUCUGUCACCUCCUGGGCUUGGGAGCCCUUUCAGAGGAUAUGCUGAAGUGCUGGCAAGACUCACUGACUAAGCAAAAAGGGCUCUGUAAGACCUUGAAUCAGUACUUUAAAUUUGUUCUAAGACAUCUUGAUCUUUUCUUCACACUUGAAUCUUAUUUUAACUCUCCCUUAUCUUACUUACCCCUGUGAUUACCAGUUUAACUGCCUUACUUUUAAAUCUGGGUUAUUAAUUAAAAGCAAUUCCUCCUUGGAGCUCAGAUGUUCAUCAAGUUGUGAUUACACUUGAAUAGAAAACUUUUGUGUGCUUUGUUACCACUAAGAGUCAAAGCAAUACUGUGCAGUCCUGAAUGUCCCAGCCCGGAGCAAAGAACUGGUGAUGGGGACAAAAACCUCUGGAGCUGUGCAAGAGUCCAACUGCCCAGUGCUGGCUUUUAUCACAUGCUGGGACAAGGAUCACGUGGAGAGGCGGGGAGUCAGCCCUGCAGAGCCCAGGUGGCAUUGCUGUGCUGGAGGUGGGAGCUUCUGCCCUGAUGGCAUCUGUAACCCAGCAGCAGAUCCAGAAGUUCCACAAGGAUGGCUUCCUUGUCCUGGAGCAGUUUUUCAGUGCAGAGGAGUGUGACAGCAUGAGGAGCCAGAUCCAGAGAAUCGUGGCGGAGAUGGAAGUGCCGCCGCACUGCCGCACCGCCUUCUCCACCAGGCAGGAGGAGCAGGUCCAGGAGCAGGGUAGCUCGGAUUAUUUCCUAACCAGUGGAGACAAGAUUAGAUUCUUUUUUGAGAAAGGUGUUUUGGAUGAGAAAGGUAACUUUCUAAUUCCAAAGGAGAAGUCUGUCAGCAAGAUUGGCCAUGCUCUACACGCUUACGAUCCUGUCUUCAAGCAAAUCACCCACUCUCCCAAGGUGCAGGAACUGGGAAGAAAACUAGGCCUUGAGAGACCAGUAGUUGUGCAGAGCAUGUAUAUCUUCAAGCAACCUCGCAUUGGUGGUGAAGUGACACCACACCAGGAUGCCAGUUUCCUGCACACGGAGCCCCUGGGCAGGAUCCUGGGGUUCUGGAUUGCCCUGGAAGAUGCCACACAGGAGAAUGGCUGCUUGUGGUUCAUCCCUGGCUCUCACACCAAUGGGAUUACCAGGAGGAUGGUCCGUGCACCUUCAGGUGCCUCAACAUGUGUAGAGUUUGUUGGCUCAGAGCCAGCCUACGAUGACAAGCAGUUCAUACCUCUGCCCAUAAGUAAAGGUGGACUCAUCCUCAUCCAUGGCGAGGUUGUCCAUAAGAGUGAACUCAACAGCUCGGAGUCCUCUCGCCACGUGUUCACCUUCCACGUGAUGGAAGCCAAAGGCACCACCUGGAGCAAAGAGAACUGGCUCCAGCCAACCCCUGAGCUGCCUUUUCCAUCGCUCUACACUUGAAGUUAGUUGACUGGCUUGUGGAGUCAAUAGCUGAUCAAUAUUCCCUUCUGAUUGUUCACUCACAGUCUCUUUAAAAGCAACCUUCACUAGAUCAGCUCUCAAUGUUAAUUUAUCCUCCUCUUCAAAACCAGGACCAUUAUAACAGCCCAAAACCUGUGGUAGAGAGAAGCUUCUGCAGCAGGAGCCCUGCCAGUAUGAGAGUAGUCACCCAGUCCUUUUGGUAAGGAAACACCUUCAGUCUUGAAAACAAACCAGUGAACACCAUUGCACCUUGACUGGGACCACUUACCAAGUACUUCUCCUUGUAGAUACUCAGUAUUUUCCUGUGUUUAAGAGCGUAAGGGCAUUUCUUGGCUGGUUGACUCCAGCAAUGCAGGUGAACAUGUUGUGGGGGGAUGUUUGAUUUUCACCCCUAGUUUUCUGUCUUAUUGUUGGAAUAACAGUGAUAUAAAACAAUCUUGUGGGUGAAAUGAAGCAAGAGGUCUGCUUUUUAUAAUCAAUCUUCCAAAUACUCCUGGCAGACAGUAGCUGAGUGUUUUAUCUCUUAGUGUGAUCAAAAAUACCACAAUUUUUAAAGAUUCAUGUUGAAAUGAUGGAAACAAAGAACCUCAAUCAAACUCUUUACACUUAAAUACAAAGAUAGAAAUUCUUCUUUUCAUCUCCAUCUUUUCUUUGAGGAAGACACAGUGUGACCUUCUUCCAACAGAUGGGGACAGUGCAAAUUGUCUGGUGAGCAGCUGGAACUCUCAAUAUGCACAAGAAUAAUUUCUAUGCCCAAAAUCUCACCAAACCCAAACCAACUUAUAGCAAGGAAUGUUUGGAAAUGCAAGCUCCAGUCUGUAUCCUGAACUGAACAGAAGCUGUGUAGGUGUGAUUUCACCAGCACUGGUGCAGUGGCAGCCCUGAGAUAGGAGCCCAGUGUUACAAAUACAGAAAUUAUAUCAGAGUAACCCUAAGGCUGCUGAGGGCCAUGGUAGAGUGGACCCAAAUCUUACUGACUCAUCCCUUUCAAAAGUACAUUGGGGAGCUGGGUCAUGGCAACAGCAGGAACAUUGAAUGCAAAGUUUCUGCAUUCAAAAACUACUUUUCCUACAGUUUGUUUGAAAGUUGGAAGCAGGGUGGAAUGAAAGCAAAUUCCGCUGGUGCAAUUUAUGACAUCAGUGGUGAAGGCUGUGGCUUGUGACAGAAGCAACUCAAGUUUUUUUUAGAAUUUUGCUGAGGAAGGAUAAUUUGUCCUGCACACUACGAGCACCAAAACCAUCUACUUUGAGUGCGUAAAUAAAAUAAAAAAAACUGGAUUGAUUGGCAGGAUUUCCUGUUAAAUGUGAAGGAAACAGCCCAGCAGUUGUUGAGUUUGGUUUCCUACAGAGUACCUGACAAUUUACUGUGUUAGUAACCAGCUGUGGCAUCCUCAGGAAAAGCAGCCCCAAAUCCCAGGAGCCCUUCCCAGGCAGGAGGAUGAAUUGGGCAAUGCUGCUGCUCAGCUAUUCCAGUCCUGGCUUGUUGCAGGGACACACAGUAUUGGCUUCUGGAGCUAAUUCUGCUGCCUCAGGGACUGGUUUCACUCCACCCCUGGUCUUAGGCUCCCUCCCCUGGCAUGGCCUCAGAGCUACAGGCCUGCAGGACAGUGUUGGGUAAAGUGCCUUGGACUUCCCCCAGACUGUUCCCAAAAGUGAAUUAAAAAAGGGUCAGAAGUGAACUUCAUGAUGCAAACUAGAAGCCUGGGAUGACAAUCUCCUCCUUGGACACAUCCCUGGAGACAGGAAGGACACUUGAGUUUUGUUCUAAUGGACACUGGGCAAAUCAGUGAGAAGAGACUGUUGAUACAGAAGGUUUCAUAGAUAGAAAUGAAGUGGGUUUUUUGGCCACAAAAUGGUAGUUGUAACUUUAAUUAAAUGGAUGGAAUUCAGUAGCUUUAGUCAAUUUCUUGAUAGAAGCAUUUUUAUACAUUAUUUGAUUAAACAUCUGGCUGAAAAAAAAGUGGAAAGUAGGAAAGUGUAAUAGUAGAAAAUUUUAUUGACUUUGACAGAUGUUCUGCUUUCAGAAUUAAUGUGUAAUUUGUUUUAGCUGUGACUUAGCUUAAUUCCCCCCUUCCCCCCAGUAUUCAUUCCAAGUUAAUUUGGAUAUUAAAUCUUGAGAAAGAUAAAACAUUUUUCUUGCUGAAGCAAACUUCAGGGCUGAAGAUUCACUAUUCUUAUUUGUAUGGUCUGGAAUGAGCAGUGUCUGACAUCCCCAAACCUUCACCACCCACCCACCCUGGAUAACUCAGCUGUGGCAGCUAGUGAUUUUGGAUUUGUGUUUGUGCAUCGUGGUGUGGUUUUGGCUCUUGCUGAUGAGGACUGGACAUAGCUGGACACUUGUACCUGGUUCCUGUGCCCCCCCUCGUUAUCAAACAUGCUUUACAUCGUGCUUAUAUAGACAUGACAGUUCACACAUCAAACACAAGACAAGACUCGGUACAGAAAACAAGGUACAGUACAGAGAUAGCAACAUCUGAGAGACUUGCUUGUUUCUUUUUUCCCCUCUAAUUGACUUACCUCUUCUUCCUCUGCUUCCCUUGUGCACCCAGAAGAAACUUAAAUUGGAUUAUUAAACACAAGUGCUGCUUUUA